UCCUCUCAUGAUGCAUACCGGGUACACCCAAUUUCAUAUCAAAUGUUGUCGGACUCGGCGCAGUCUAACAAGAAGAUGACAAGCCAAAUUGGAAGAAUGUUGCCAAGGAUUCAAACAAAGGCAUUAGACUACGACGAAGAAGUGGGAAGAAAAAAAAGUCAUGGAUCGAAGGAGAGAAUUAAGAACAAGCUAGCUCCUUGGGUCGGGAGAGCGAGCCGGGAAGAAUCCGCGGUGGCCGGACAGGACAGAGGGACAGGAUGGGGAUGGAUUUCAGCACUCUCCGGACGCUUAUCAGCAGAUAUUGCGUGGGUGAGGAGAACUGGGUGGACAGCAGGACGGUCUACAUCGGGCACAAGGAGCCUCCUCCAGGAGCUGAAGCCUUCAUACAGCAAAGAUUCCCAGACAAUCGAAUAGUGUCCUCCAAGUACACGUUUUGGAACUUCAUCCCCAAGAAUAUGUUUGAACAGUUCAGGAGAGUCGCCAACUUCUACUUCCUCAUCAUAUUUCUGGUUCAGUUGAUCAUCGACACGCCCACCAGCCCAGUCACCAGUGGACUUCCGCUCUUCUUUGUCAUCACUGUCACGGCGAUCAAACAGGGUUAUGAGGACUGGCUGAGACAUAAAGCCGACAACGCCGUCAACCAGUGUCCUGUUCACGUGGUGCAACACGGAAAAGUGAUCCGCAAGCAGAGUCGCAAGCUGCGGGUGGGAGACGUUGUCUUUGUCAAGGAAGAUGAGUCAUUCCCCUGUGAUCUCAUCCUGCUGUCUUCAUCUCGAGAUGAUGGCACCUGCUACGUCACCACAGCCAGCCUGGAUGGGGAGAGCAGCCACAAGACGUACUAUGCAGUGCAGGACACCAAAGCAUACAAUUCCGAAGAGGAGGUGGACGCCAUCCACGCUACCAUAGAAUGUGAACAGCCACAGCCAGACCUGUACAAAUUUGUGGGCCGCAUCAACAUCUACAUGGACAACGAACCAGUGGCAAGGCCAUUAGGAUCAGAGAACCUUCUUCUCAGAGGAGCCACACUGAAGAACACCGAGUACAUUUACGCGGCUGCCAUCUACACUGGGAUGGAAACAAAGAUGGCUCUCAACUACCAGUGCAAGUCUCAGAAGCGUUCUGCAGUAGAAAAGUCAAUGAACGCCUACCUGGUGGUCUAUCUGUGCAUUCUCAUCAGCAAAGCCCUCAUCAACACUGUCCUCAAAUAUGCAUGGCAGGCUGACCCCAGCAGAGAUGAGCCCUGGUAUAAUGAGAGAACGGAGGCAGAGCGGCAGAGACACAUAGUGAUCAGGGCCUUCACUGACUUCCUGGCCUUCAUGGUUCUCUUCAACUACAUCAUUCCUGUUUCCAUGUACGUCACCGUGGAGAUGCAGAAGUUCCUUGGCUCCUAUUUCAUCAUGUGGGACGACGAGAUGUUUGACGAGGAGCUCGGAGAGAGAGCAGUAGUUAACACGUCAGACUUGAAUGAAGAACUGGGCCAGGUGGAGUACGUGUUUACUGAUAAGACAGGGACGCUGACAGAGAACAACAUGGAGUUCAUCGAGUGUUGUGUAGACGGACACGUUUAUGUAGCCCAAGCAAUCUGUAAUGGACAGGUGAUGCCUGGUGCAGCUAGUAUGGACAUGAUAGACACGUCACCAGGUCCUGAGGCCAGGGAGCACGAGGAGCUGUUCUUCCGGGCGCUGUGCUUAUGCCACACCGUGCAGGUGAAAGAGGAGGAGACGGUAGACGGCAUCAAGCAGGGCAUCCACCGAGGAAAGUCCACUUCCUUUUACAUCUCGUCAUCCCCAGAUGAGGUGGCGCUGGUUGAGGGCAUGAAGAGGCUUGGCUUCACAUAUUUAAGACUCAAGGACAGUCACAUGGAGAUAUUGAACAGAGAGGAUGAAAUCGAGAGGUUUGAGCUUCUAGAAGUUCUGACGUUUGACUCAGUCAGGCGGAGGAUGAGCGUCAUUGUCAGGGCCAGCACUGGUGAGCUCUACCUGUUCUGCAAAGGAGCCGACUCGUCCAUCUUCCCAAGAGUCAUCUCGGGCAAGGUGGAUCAGGUCAGAGCUCGGGUGGAGCACAAUGCAGUGGAGGGUCUGAGAACACUGUGUGUGGCCUAUCGGCCUCUCAGUGCGGCGCAGUACCAGGAGGUUUGCCUCCAGUUAAGCGGGGCCAAGUUGGCACUCCAGGACCGGGACAAACGACUGGCGGAGGCUUACGACCUCAUUGAGAAAGAUCUCUUCCUGCUGGGAGCCACUGCUGUGGAAGACAGAUUGCAGGAAAAAGCGGCAGACACCAUUGAGUCCCUGCACAAAGCCGGGAUGAAGGUGUGGGUGCUGACCGGUGACAAGAUGGAGACGGCAGCCGCCACCUGCUACGCCAGCAAGUUGUUUCACCGCAACACGCAGAUCCUGGAGUUGACCACCAAGCGCACAGAGGAGCAGAGCCUUCACGAUGUCCUGUUUGACUUAAGCAGAACCGUCCUCAGGCAGCACGGUGGCUGGAGCAGGGACAUCUCUGGUUUAUCAGGUGACUACUCCGACUACGGCCUCAUCAUCGAUGGAGCCACCCUUUCGGCAGUGAUGAAGCCUGGCCAGGAGGACUCCAACUCAGGAAACUACAAAGAGAUUUUCCUGGAAAUCUGCCGCAACUGCAGCGCCGUACUCUGCUGCCGAAUGGCACCUCUCCAGAAAGCGCAGAUUGUGAAGCUGAUCAAAACAUCCAAGGAGCACCCUAUCACACUUGCCGUCGGAGAUGGAGCCAAUGAUGUCAGCAUGAUCCUCGAGGCGCACGUUGGCAUCGGUAUCAUGGGGAAGGAGGGCCGUCAGGCAGUGAGGAACAGUGACUACGCCAUCCCAAAAUUCAAACACCUGAAGAAGAUGCUGCUUGUCCAUGGACACUAUUACUACAUACGCAUCUCUGAACUAGUCCAGUACUUCUUUUACAAGAACGUCUGUUUCAUCUUUCCUCAGUUCCUUUACCAGUUUUUCUGCGGUUUCUCACAGCAGCCGCUGUAUGACACAGCGUACUUGACUCUGUACAACAUCAGCUUCACCUCACUGCCCAUUCUGCUCUACAGUCUUGUCGAGCAGCACAUCAACAUGGACAUCCUGAAGAAGGACCCGUCUCUGUACAGAGACAUUGCCAAGAACUCGUUACUGCGGUGGCCCAGCUUCAUAUACUGGACUGUCUUGGGCGUCUAUGAUGCCAUUGUGAUGUUCUUUGGUGCUUACUUCCUGUUUGACAACACCACCUUCACCAGCAACGGACAGCUAAUGACAACCAACACACAGAUGAUGUUUGGAAACUGGACCUUCGGGACGCUGGUGUUUACCGUGCUGGUCUUCACGGUUACAUUCAAGCUGGCCCUGGAUACUCAUUACUGGACCUGGAUCAACCACUUUGUCAUAUGGGGCUCGCUGAUCUUCUUUGUUGUCUUUUCGCUGCUGUGGGGAGGAAUCAUCUGGCCCUUCCUCAACUACCAGAGGAUGUACUAUGUCUUCAUGCAGAUGCUGUCCAGUGGCCCAGCCUGGCUCAGCAUAGUUCUGCUGAUUACAGCCAGCCUGCUACCAGAUGUGCUUAAGAAGGUCAUUUGGAGGGCGCUGUGGCCCACCACAACUGAACGUAUCCAGAAUGCUGAUAAACUCUACAAGGGUCAGCUUUCUGAGUUCACCCCCCUGGACUGCCGUCGGGGUUCGGGCGACCACAGGAACAUGCCUCACCCUACAAGGUCUGAACCUUUUACCAAGAGAGUCAUGUUGACGCGCUGGCAAAAACCACCAGACUAUCGCACCUUCACGCCCCUGCUGGGAUUUACUGAUGUCACACCCUCCUGCAACGGGGCAGCCGGGCCCGAGACCUCUGUUUAAUGUGCUGACGUGUAUUUGUACUCUGGUAACAAAACAACACUUAAACUGGGUCAGAACCUGCACGAAGAAGCUGCAGGCUAAUCCAACGUAUUGGUGUCACUGAGCUUAGCGGUGUGUGUAACGCAAGUGCACAGGGUUGAAAGUGACCUUCACCACUGUUCCCAAGUCAGCAGCCAAGUAUUAUGGGAUGGCUCCGUGUCCCAAAAAGGGCUCAGUGUCACUGCAUCAAAGCUCAACACCUUUUUUAUUUGUCAUUUAUCACUGAAAACAUGCGCACCGGCCCUUUAAGUCUGAAGUGCAAUUGGAUUACUGUAAUAGAAUUUGUAUGUUUGUUUUUUUUUUAAUGAUGAUGUUGGCUGCAAUUGUGAGGAUGAUGACAACCAACAGCCUCUGUGCUCUUUGUCUUCAUAGGACUAACUGGUCAUGCCUCCGUGCAAACACUUUGUCCCGAAACACUUCGUAGGGAUGACUGCAGCCGUGUAAGGAGGAUGUGUCUUAAGAGAGCUGAUGCCUGUCUUUACAUAUUACACUUCUACGUGUAGCUAGCGUCCUGUAGACAGCAUGUGCUCUUGUGCUUUUUUGUACAGUAGACAUUAUACACUACAUGGUGGUCGUCGGGUUAUGUACCAGUUCCGUUCCUAGACUGUGGUGUGUGUCGAGUUUUGGCGUAAGAUAUUAUUAUUAUUAUCAUUUUUAUUAUUAUUACACCUUUAGAGCCAGUUUAUUAGCGCUGCGCAUUUUCCGUCUGAUAGCUUCUCAUAGAAGCCUUCACUUACAGUACAUAUGACUGAGACCACUGGAAGAGGCAGCCACACAACAGAUGACUGGUUCUCACUCACACAAGCUUAACUUUCACUUUCUAGAGGGGCGCGGCAACUGCUUUAUAUGCUGUGCGUAAUUGCAUUCCUCAUUGAUGAUAAGAGUCCAGCACUGUCGCCGAAUAUAUUGCUUUUAUUUUUUUUUAUGCUGUUGGGAAAACCUUUUAAAUUGUGUGAUCCCCGACUACUGCUUCGAUAGCAAUGCCGUGCAAAGAAAAAAGGCUAAAGAGAUUAAAUGGCCUUUACAGGUGUAGUACCUAAAUUAAGUCCUAAGUCUGUGCAUGGAAGGACAUAAAAUACAGUACUAAAACACUAAAUACAAGAAUCAAAUGAAGCAGUAACGAAAUAAUAACAUUUGAUAAAAAGUGAAAAGUAAUAGAAGUAAAAACCGAAGCACUGUAGCAACCUUUCCAUCUCAAUAACGACACUCUUUUGUUAUUUGUAGUACUAAAAUCAGCCUCCGUGAACCAGGGAGUAGUCUAAGUAGUACAAAAAUCAGUCUCCACAAAACAGGAAGUAGUCUAUGUAGUACUAAAAUUGUCCUCCGUGAACCAGAAAGUACUCAAAGUAGCACUAAAGUCCCCCUCUAUGAAUCAGUAAGUAGCUUUAAAGUUGCCCUCCACAAAAGAGGAAGUAGCUGAUGAAGAUCACCCUCCAUGAACCAGAAAGUACUUUGAAGUAGUAUGAAGUAGUAUGAUGGUGGUGGUGAUACACUGUUCGCAGUGUGUUCUUCCUCUUUAACUUGUUCUUGGGCGAGUCUUGAGUGUCGACGGACCAAAAUAGAAGAUUUUCAUUGAUUUAUGGGAGCGGGCACUUAAUCACAAAACUGGGAACACCGUAAACCGAGGACCACCUGCGUUCACUACGUUUGGGCAUAUUAGGCUUUGGGGUGAAACGUGCACCAUGACCUUUUACAGGUGAACUUAGUUUGUCUAACUUUGAAACGUUUGACUGCUUCUCUGACUGUAAAAACGGACUGAAACAUUGAACAGUUGGACGUUCCAAAGUGUGGGGAAGGUCAAAUGAAGUGGACCUGAAGGUUGGAGUGUAUUUUGGGUUUAUCCUGUUUUUGUGAGUAGUGUCAUAGCGUGUUUGCUGCUAGCACUUUUAGUUUAGUCAUGCCCUCCCACAGCCCCCUUUUUUUUUUUUUUUUUUUUUUUAUUGACGCUUCCUGUCAUUGGUAGCUGUGUAGUGCUUGCUAGCGGUCUCUGGUUGCCUUCACGUUGUGUUGUGGGUGCCGCGUCCGAGUGCAGCUGGUUUGCUGUACUUCCAUGUGUUCAUCAGUCACGUGGAAAGCACGUUAUUCUGAUCGCCAACACGUGAGCGUUAUAGAUAGUAUGAACUAUGAAAUAUCUUGUAGCCAACUGCCACUUUCAGUUUCAAGCACAUCCUCUCCUGUCUUCCCUUGUAGAUCUCUCUCUCUCUCUCUCUCUCUCUCUCUCUCUCUGUUUAUCCUUCCCGCUGUCCUCCUGUCUUUGUCUCUGUGGCGAUGGCGGCUCCGCUGAGGUCCAGCCCGACUUCACUUUGUCAGAUCAUCACCUUCACCGUCACGCUCCAUGGAUAGCAGUCGAGUAGUUACUCUCUACUCUGAACCAAAGCCGCUUAGCUGCUUCCUGUUAGGUGCCUUGUGCUAGUUUCUACGUAUGUAAGCCACCAAGCAGGUGAAUGUAAUCGUCUCAGUCCAAACUGCGCUGGGAUAUCCCAAACAAUCAGAACAAACGGCACACACACACAAAAAGUCGGACCACUUAUGUGUGAUACGAUUGUUUUUAUGUAUUUUUAAAAGACCUUUUAUAUGCCGCAUGUGCGGGAAGAUGUAUUGUUUCACUUUAUUUGGAAGUCGUGUUUCUCACGUGAGCGUCGCUUCUGUUGCCGCUGGCUCAUUGUGGAGGCACUUCAUGCAAACUUUGCGUGUGUGUGUGCGCGCGCGCGCGCAUGUGAUACUGUAUAGGUGUAUAGCAGGUGCGGUUAUAGCUUUAAAGGGUAAACACUAUAUAUAUGUUUGCCCCCUUCCUGAUUUCUUUUUUUUUUUUGCAUGUUUGUCACACUUAAACGUUUCAGAUCAUCAAACAAAUGUAAAUAUUAGUCAAUGACAACACAACUCAACACAAAAUGCAGAGGAAAAACAAUCCAAACCGACAUGGCCCAGUGUGGGAAAAAGUGAUUGCCCAAAUUUCUGUAGUUAUAAAACCAUUUCUAAAGCUUUGGGACUCCAGUAAACCACAGUGAGAGCCAUUAUCCACAAAUGGCCAAAACAUGGAACAGUGGUGAACGUUCCCAGGAGUGGCCGGCCAACCAAAAUGACCCCAAGAGCACAGCAACGACUCAUCCGAGAGGUCACAAAAGACCCCACAACAACAUCCAAAGACCUGCAGGCCUCACUUGCCUCAGUUAAGGUCAGUGUUCAUGACUCCACCAUAAGAGAGACACUGGGCAAAAACGGCCUGCAUAGCAGAGUUCCAAGACCAAAACCACUGCUGAACAAAAACAACAUUAAGACUUGUCUCCAUUUUGCCAGAAAACUUCUUGAUGAUCCCCAAGACCAGGGUUGGGCAACCUUUUUGAAUCGCGGCCCACACUGGGUUGGAAAAUCCGGCAGAGAGGCCGUCUAUACAUACAGUAGGUGGUCAUCAAACAGAACGACAUACUUGCUCACUGUGCAAUGAAAUGAAAACAACACAUCCACAGCAAGUUAAUACAUCACAUAAAUCAACUACUACUACUGGGGGGGUGAUGAAGAACAACUAAGCGCUAAACAUGACACGUAACUUAAAAGUGUUGUUUCCAAGUGCCUGCAAGGCAUGCUGAACUAUAUAUACAACAGACCAUUGACAGUCUUGUUUACUUCUCUGACGACCUCCUCAACAUGUUUUUGCAAAAAUGCAACAAACACAGCUAAAUGUUUGUACGAGAGUACCACAAGCUACCCAGCAUGCCUUGUGGCAGGAAUAUAUUGGUGUUUUCCUUGGCAUGGACAUUGUGUGUGGAUAUUGAUUUGUAUGCCCACGUGGUGCAGUAGGUAGGUUAUGCUAUGGGUCGUGUGUGUGUUGUGUUGUUUGGAUGGCUACAGAUUGCAUCUGACUAUUUUGGUGACGCAAGCGUGCCACAGCAGCACUGCAAGUCAUGUUUCCAGCUACAGUUUCGAUGUUAAGGGUUUUUUAAAGAAUGCCUGGUGGACCGGAUGAAGAUUCUCGGUGGGUUUAAUGUGGCCCAUGGGCUGCUUUUUGCCCACCCCUGCCCAAGACUUUUGGGAAAAUACUCUGUGGUCUGACGAGACAAAUGUUGAACUUUUUGGAAGGUGUGUGUCCCAUUACAUCUGGCUUAAAAGUAACACCGCAUUUCAGAAAAAGAACAUCAUAGCAACAGUAAAAUAUGGUGGUGGUAGUGUGAUGGUCUUCAGGACCUGGAAGACUUGCUGUGAUAAAUAGAAGCAUGAAUUGUGCUGAAGGAGAAUGUCCGGCCAUCUGUUGGUGACCUCAAGCUGAAAGCAACUUGGGUUCUGCAGCAGGACAAUGAUCCAAAACACACCAGCAAGUCCACCUCUGAAUGGAUGAAGACUUUGGAGUGGUCUAGUCCAAGUCCUGACCUGAAUCCUAUUUUCUUAAAAAGGAAAAGCCUCCAAUGUGGCUGAAUGACAACAAUUCUGCUAAAUUCCUCCCCAGCGCUGGAAGAGACUCAUUGCAAGUUAUCACAAACGCUUGAUUGCAGUUGUUGCUGCUAAGGGGGGCCAACCACUUAUUAGCUUUAGGGGGCAAUCACUUUUUCACACAGGGACAUGUAGCUUUGGAUUUGUUUUCUCCCUUUUUAAUAAAAAGUUUCAUUUAAAAAGUGCAUUUUGUGUUGAGUUGUGUUGUCAUUGACUAAUAUUUACAUUUGUUUGAUAAUCUGAAACAUUGAAGUGGGACAAACAUGCAAAAAAAAAAAGAAAUGAGAAAGGGGCAAACACUUUUUCACACCACUGUGUGUGUGUGUGUGUAUACGUGUGUGUGUGUGUGUGUGUGUGUGUGUACAUGUGUGUAAGAUGCCCUUGCUUGACACUCUGAUGCACCCCUGCUUGAUUGACACUUUAUGUAAAACCUACAAAAGCCAUCAAGGUGUAUUUUGGGGUGAGAAGUGUACCAACUGAACUCACCCCCGACUGUUGAGUGUCCUGUGGUCCUCGUAGCAGACGUGAUGUAGACAUCUGUGUUGACUCCUAUAGAGAUAAAUACAUAGAUUUAGGUAUACCGUUUUGGGGUCUUUUGCAUAGAGUUUUUAACAGCCGUGUCGGGACUGACUUGUGGAUGUUUGCCAACCGUAUCUGUUGCGAUGACUAGAAAACAUCUGUACAUUUUGCUUCACAAAUAAAAGCCACCAUGGACACAUGAAAGCAGUGGCGGCAGCUCAUUUUCUUCCAGGAACAGCCUUGUGAAGGCCCUCGGAGGGCCCAAAACGACAUGACUGUGUCGGCCCUUCAUCGUGUUCUUGCAUAUAGUACUGUAAAUGAUUCAUACAUUAGCCAACGUAAAGUGACUUCUUGAUUAUGAUUAUUAUUAUUGUUAAGUUAUGAUGAUGGGUAUCUUUUUAGCAGGAAAUGAUGCAAGAUUACAAGAAUAUUUCCAUCCUUUUGGAUAUUUUGAAAAAGAUUCAUAUCUUUUCUUGGUCACUCAUAGCAUCAUCUAGAGCAGUGAUUGACAACCUUCUUUUGUUGGGUGCCCUUGAAAAGGCCUCUUUUGGGAUGUGUUCUCAAAUGAAAAUACUAAUUAUUGUGUUAUUAUUGUAAAACUUUAUUUCAUAUUGGUGUAUUUUUUUGGUGUUUUUUUUUUUUUUUUUUUUUUUUUUACAUUUUUUCUCCCUCAAUCAUAAUAACCAUACAAUAAAGGUUCUAUACUGUUCACAUCUUUCUACGUGGUGUCAACUGAAUCAGCAUGUAUGUGUGUAUAGAAAGAUAUGUGUAUCGAUCUCUGUGUGCUGGUAUAUGAAAUAAUAUAUUGAUAUACUCAUUUUUUAUGUCUUUUUUUCUUUGUAUUUUAGUUUUAUAUAUUAUAUAUUCAUUUUAUAUUAUAUAGAUGUAUUUUUUUUAUCUCAAGUAUCACCAUUUGAGAGCUACUGAUCCACAGUAUUAUAUUAAACUAUAAAUGUACAACUUGGCGUCUGCAUAUGCUGUAUUUUUUAAUGGCUGCAAUUCAUCUGUACGCCACUGUGCGGCAGCAGAGUAUCGCGUCAGCGGAAUCACAACUUUACCCAAAUAGUUUGUCGUGGAAGCCGAUAAAGACGUUUUCAAGGGACGCACAAGGCGAUUUACCGCUGUAAGCCGGUACCAACAGAGACCGAACAUGUGUUUUGUGCGUAUUUUUAAAAUAUGUUUGUGUUGUACGCUUGGGGCUGGAGACGUCGGCACGAUUCCAAGGUUCUCGGCUCGACUGUGGACCGCCGUCGUCCUUUUUCACUUGCCGUCUGAGCUCGUCUACCCGCUCGUCUCCCGCACUGCUGGCGGCCGAUGGAGGCAACAAGGACGGAUGAACAUCUGGGCCAACGCUGACAUUUGCAACAUACGUGAAUGAAGAAAACACUGGGUGAAAAGUAAACAGGGAAAUAUGCUAGCGGGACCUUGGUGACUCGAGAGCACGUGGUGUCAUGGAAUAAUAAUUACGCCUUUAAUUUGUUGAUCAUGAUUAUAAUCUGAAUAAAACCCAAGAUAAAUAUUAUAAUUGAUAUGAACAACACAAAAAAGCACAUAUUUGUGAAAAUAAACAUAGAAGAGAACUUUAAAAAAUGAUUUCAUUCCCUCACACUUGAAUAGGUACUAAUCGUACCCUUGGUAUCGAUACUGUCAAUAUUUGGAUCGACCUGUCUAUCCCGAUUUCAAGCAGCCAGAACGCUGAUAUUAAUUCUGGUAUUGAAAACAUCUUGAGGAAAAGUUUGUUUUAAAAAUGUAUUU